AACAUCAGCAUGGUGGUAACUGCUGCACAUUUGUCCAAUGACAGGGCAGAGAUGAAAAUCCUAGAAACCAAAGAGAAAUUUCUCUCCCAGCUGGAAGAGAGCCAACAGCAGUUUGAAGACCUCAAGGAGAAAUUUCUUAUAUGUCGGGCUACCGCCUUCUCUCUGGCCAACCAACUCAACAGAUACAAGUGUGAAGAGGACAAAGACAUCAUAGACUCUGUGCUGAGGGAUGAAGUGCAGUUCAUAGAGGAGAAGCUGGCAGAGAAGCUCAGGUAAGCUGAGGAGCUCAGGGCAGAGAUGAAAAUCCUAGAAACCAAGGAGGAAUUGCGCUCCCAGCUGGAAGAGAGCCAACAGCAGUUUGAAGAUCUCAAGGAGAAAUUUCUUAUAAGUCAAGCUACUGCCUACUCUCUGGCCAAGCAACUCAACAAAUACAAGUGUGAAGAGGACAAAGACAUCAUCGGCUCUGUGCUGAGGGAUGAAGUGCAGUUCAUAGAGGAGAAGGUGGCAGAGAAGGUCAGGCAAGCUGAGGAGCUCAGGCAGUAUAAAGACCUGGUUCACUCUCAGGCAAAAGAGCUGACCCAGUUACGGGAGAAGUUACGGGAAGCGAGAGACGCCUCCUGCUCACUGUAUCAGCAUUUGAAGGCCCUCCUCACUCCUGGUGACCCUGACAAGUCCCAGGGUCAGGACCUCCAUGUGCAGCUGGCUGAGGGGCACAGGCUCGCAGAGCAUCUUGUCAACAAGCUCAGCCCAGAAAGUGAUGAAGAUGAAGAUGAAGAUGUUACAGAUGAGGAGGUCGAGAAAGCACAGCAAUCACCUGCCCCCAGGGGGGUGCAGAAGACUGAGGAAAAGGAAGCCCCUCAGGACUCAUUGGAAAAAUGUGCUGUCCCUCGUUCAAACAGCCACAGCGCUUCUGACUCCAACCAGCCUCACAGGAGCACCAAAGUCACAUUUGAGGGAGACAAAGUCGACCCUACUCUGGUUGUAGACAGUGAAUGCUCUCAGGAUGAAGGGGAGGAAACUCCAAACUUUCUCCCAGGGAAUCAAAAGGAUCAUGAGGAAGAGGAAGGGAAAGUUCCAGUGCCUCCCAGAAACGAACAAUCAGUUGAGCCAGGUGAACUGAACAAGCUCAGGGAUUUCCUGAUCUCACCUUAUGUCUGCCUCUUUGGCAUUACCAUGCUGAGCCAGGAGCUGCCAGACGUAAUUGAGCAGGAAGAGGACUCCUUGGAUGAAAUUUACUUGACUCCUUCAGUUCACCAUGACCUGUCUGACUGCCACCAGCCUUAUAGCGGCACCUUGUUCUCAUUGGAUGAUCAGCUCACAUGCUCUGCUCUGGAUGUAGCCUGUGAGUACUCCAGCCUGAAGGUCACAAAGCUCCAGGGUCUUCCCAGGCAGCCUCCACAUGUUUUCUUUCUGCAAAUUGUGCUGCUGAGACAGGCUGUCAAUGCAGCUCUCAUCCAGGAGAACUGUCCCCAAGGGACCUGCAGUGGAGACUUGAGCUACUACCUGUCAGAGGUGCAGACUUCACAGAAACAGCCGGAGCCAAGCACCUUGGUGCCCAAUUGUCUGGGACUACAGCUGGAUGAAGGGUUCGACUGUGUGAAUGGCUUAGCCAGGCGGUGCCUUUACACCACCACCUGCAGCUUCACAGCCAAUGCUGAAUCUGGGACCCAAUGUCCCUUUCAAGAACUGGUUUUAGAGCCCUCUGUUGGGAUGAAGAACCCUCUGCAGUUGGAAGAGCAGGCACUGAAAGGCUCAGCAGACAACACACAAGAGCAUCAAGUCACUGGCCACAUUCAUGCCUCAAGUGUUUGGAAACCCAAGAUGAUUAAAAGAAAACUCCAGUCCAGCAAGUGGAUUCCCUACCCUUCACGCUUACGGUGCAGAGGAAAUGAAGAGGAUCAUGAGGAAGAGGAAGGGAAAGCUCCAGUGCCCCCCAGGCUGAGCCAGGAGCUGCCAGAUGUAAACCAGCAGGAAGUCCCAGAGGACUCCUUGGAUGAAAUUUACUUGACUCCUUCAGUUCACCAUGACCUGUCUGACUGCCACCAGCCUUAUAACAGCACCUUGUGGUCAUUGGAUGAUGAGCUCACAUGGUCUGCUCUGGAUGAUAGAAACCAAAAGGAUCAUGAGGAAGAGGAAGGGGAAGCGCCAGUGCCACCCAGGCUGAGCCAGGAGCUGCCAGAAGUAAAGGAGCAGGAAGUCCCAGAGGACUCCUUGGAUGAAAUUUACUUGACUCCUUCAGUUCAACGUGACCUGUCUGACUGCCACCAGCCUUACAGAGGCACCUUGUCCUCAUUGGAUGAUCAGCUCACAUGCUCUGCUCUGGAUGUAGCCUCUCCCACCCAGGAGACAUGUCCCCAAGGGACUUGCCGUGGAGACUUGAGCUACUACCUGUCAGAGUUGCAGGCUUCACAGACACAGCUGGAACCAAGUACCGGGGUGCCGAUUUCUCUUGGACUACAGCUGGAUCUAGGGUUCGACUGUGGAAAUGGCUUAGCCUCAUUGAGCCUUUCCUCCACCACCUGCAGCUUCACAGACAAUGCUGAUUCUAGGACCCAAUGUCCCUUUCAAGAGCUGCAUUUAGAGCCCUCUGUUGGAAUGAAGAUCCCUCUGCAGCUAGAAGGGGAUGCAGUUGAAGGCUCAGCAGACAGCACACAAGAGCAUCAAGUCACUGGAAACAUUCAUGCCUCAUGUGUCCUGAAACCAAAGUCUAUUAAAAGAAAGCUCCGGUUCAGCAAGUGGAUUCCCCGGCCUUCAUGCUUAGGGUGCAGAGGUACCAAAUACUACCAGAAGGAUUCAAAGGAUGAAAAGAUGCCAAAAAAGUGGCUUUUCCAAUUGAUGAGAAAAAACUAA